AACAACACCCAUUCAAUUAUAAAGCUUUUUCAGUGCUUCAUUCUACAGAAUUGCAAUGGCCGCUUCCACCAUGGCUCUCUCUUCACCGUCACUGGCUGGUCAAGCCAUAAAGCUGUCUCCUUCCACCCCGGAGCUCUCCGGUGGAAGGAUUUCGAUGAGGAAGGCGGCCUCCAAGUCGGUUUCCUCUGGAAGCCCAUGGUACGGCCCAGACCGUGUGAAGUACCUGGGCCCAUUCUCGGGUGAGGCUCCUUCUUACCUGACGGGGGAAUUCCCAGGUGACUAUGGGUGGGACACUGCCGGGCUUUCGGCUGACCCGGAGACAUUUGCUCGGAACCGUGAACUGGAAGUGAUCCACUCUCGAUGGGCGAUGUUGGGGGCUUUGGGGUGUGUGUUCCCUGAACUGUUGGCCCGGAACGGUGUGAAGUUCGGGGAGGCGGUGUGGUUCAAGGCUGGGUCUCAGAUAUUCAGUGAGGGUGGGCUUGACUACUUGGGCAACCCAAGCCUGAUCCAUGCACAGAGCAUCCUUGCCAUCUGGGCCACACAGGUGAUAUUGAUGGGUGCAGUGGAGGGUUACCGCAUUGCCGGUGGGCCUUUGGGUGAGGUGACUGACCCAAUCUACCCGGGUGGGAGCUUCGACCCAUUGGGCCUUGCCGAUGACCCAGAGGCCUUUGCUGAAUUGAAGGUGAAAGAGUUGAAAAAUGGGAGAUUGGCCAUGUUCUCCAUAUUUGGUUUCUUCGUUCAAGCCAUUGUCACUGGCAAGGGACCUUUGGAGAACCUCGCCGAUCACCUUGCCGACCCUGUCAACAACAACGCCUGGGCCUACGCCACCAACUUUGUCCCUGGAAAGUAAAAGAAUAUGAGACUCAUAAUUUCAUUUUGUUAUCUGGUUUGUGUAGUCUUAUAUUGAUUAUGCUCUUAAUUUAA